UUGGUCUCAAAUCGCAAGGUCCAAAACCCUAAAACCUUCGCCCUUCCACCUCCCCUCUCUCCUUCCGCUCCUCCUCCCGGCAAUGGCGUCGCGCCUCCGCUCCUUCUCCCGUCCCGUCGCAGCCGCCUUCCUCCGCUCAGCUUCCGCCCGGAGCCCCGCGGCCUCUCUCCCCCGCGCUCUCGCUCCAACCCCAAGGGCUUCUUCCCUGGGGCGGCAGGUGGCGCUGGCACGAUCUCUGCAGCCGCUGCACAGCGCAAUCUCGGCGGCGAGGCUAACGUCACGGCUUGGGGCAGAGGUGGCCCGGGCAGUGUCGCAGGGUACGCUCUGCAGCUCCUACCCGGGAGUCUGAGUCUGAUAGGAUCUUAAUCUUUGCAUCCUACCUGUGCAAAAUGCUCUGUUUGGAUGAACUCUGUUGGCCAACCGAGUUUCAGAAUACAUCGGUCAAUGAAGAAAAAAAUUGUACUCCUAUAGCAUAACUAUCAGUCUGUUGGAUAAAAUGAAUUCGGUAUUUCCACAUCAUGGAGCAUUUAUAUUUUCUUUUACCUUAUCAUGAUUGUUUUAUUACCCAAGAAACUCCAGACUUCCAAACUCAAUACUGUGAUUUUGUUGUUGUUCAGACGUGAGACAUACGUUUGGUAACUUGAUUUUACAUUAGGGGAUUAUCAAAUUUCUUGCUGUCAUUUUUACUUCUUUUGUGUUUUGGUUGUGGCACCUCUCCCGGUGUGCUCAGGGAUUUAUAUAGAUGCUGUUGC